UUGACCACCAUAUGAGGGAGGGGGUUUAGCACGUUUUCGUGUAAGCAACAAGCGUCGCGUCAGUGUAAGUUGAGUUUGGCCGUUGUUUAAGUGUAGUUGUAGUUGUCUUAUCGUUAUCGUUACAAUUUGGUUUGAGUUUGAAUUGUUAGGACCAGGACCAGGUUUAUAACAGAUAUUAUAACACAAGUGGAUAUCUAUUCACCAUGGCACUUGAUUGGGAAAAAAUGGUAAUUAAACUAAGUGCUGUGUUCCAAGAUGACCAAGAGACAUUUGCGAGAGUUUUGUUUUAUUUAGCAGAAGAAGAAAAGGUGUAUAAAGAUGCCGAUAAACUAGGACCGCAGAUGAAGAUCUUAAUGUCAUCUAUGAACGUAGCAUCUUUGUUUAGUCAGUACGCCAAACGGUUCGCAGAGGACACAAAGAGGGCUGAUUCGGAUGAAAAGUUCAAACGAGUGCUAGGUCUAAUCUGGGCCCAAAUGAUGGACGUUAACAAACAGACAGAUGAUAAAGAUAAAACCCCAGAUGUAAGCAUUUUUGCCAAAUUAGAACACCUGUCUCUAGAAGCUUCGCCAGGAAUGGUUCGCGCCUUGAGCAUUAUUCCAUAUGAAAGCCAAAAGCGUUUUUUAGUAAUGCUCAAAGACAUCGUACCAACAACAGUGCCAUCGAAUGUUAUGAAUGCUGUUGUAUCUGUUAACAAAGGAGGAGGUGCUGUAGUAACUGUAGCUUUAGCAAGUAUACACUUGACCUAUGAAGCUAUUGUUAACAUUAGAAGAUGGUGGAAUGGAGAGAUUUCAGGCAAGAGAUGUUGUAAAACUAUUAUAGAUUCACUUGCUACAAUUGGUGGUAGCGUUGGUGGAGGAUUUGCUGGUGUAGUUGUGGGAGCACUUGGAGGUCCAGUUGGCAUGAUAAUCGGAGCUAUUGGUGGAGGAAUUUUGGGCGGACAAUUGGCCAAGGGUCUUUCGCAAUGGAUGACUGAAAAGAUAUUUGAUGUUCCAAAAUCUGAGGCGCUAGAAAAUGCUUAUAAUUUCUUUAAUUUGCGCAAUCAUGCUUCAAAUCAUCAGAUAAAUACAGCUUACAGACAGAAGUGUCUAGAAUACCAUCCUGAUAGACGAGGUUCUGAGGAGAUGUUCCAUAAAGUGCAGAUGGAAAUGGCGGUUAUUAAAGCUGCCAAAGGAGAAUUGUAUUCAUAAUAAUUAGUUUGUAUUUUUGUUCUUAAAUUUAGAUUAUAUAACAUAUUUUGUACUAUACUAUUUUAUGUACACAUUAUAUUUGUACAAAAAUAAACAUUAACGUUUG